AUGAAGAAAAAAGACCUUCUGAGCAUCGUGGCGAUGGUGAAGGAUCGCUACACAAAGUACAAAGUCGACGUCAUAGCUACGGACGCCGGACACACAGUGUUGAGGCUCCCACCGUACCAUUGCGAACUAAAUCCCAUAGAGUUGAUAUGGGCACGAGUCAAGCAGGAGGUCACCUCCAAGAACAUCACAUUCAAGCCCAAUGACGCCGAGCGGCUCUUGAGGGAAGCAGUGGACAACGUAACAGCUGUCCAUUGGCAUGACUGUGUAGAGCAUGUGAAAAAAAUGGAGGCGAAGUUUCGAGAAUAUGAUGUCCCAGAGUCGAACCUCGAGCCAGUCAUCAUACCCCUCGAUGCAAGCGACACGGAGGAGGAGAGUGGAGACGACGACGAAACUGACGACGAGGAUGAGGGUGAAGAGAUCUCUGGUGUUGAGCCUUUAGAAUGGAAUUGA